GAUAUACCUUAUCUCAAUUGGAGUGUUUUUACAUAUCGCCUCUCUUUUUUACGUUUCUCACGUACAUUAUCUCAAAAAUGAAAAGACAAGACACCAUGUUCUCGAUCAGGGUUGGGAACAUUGGUCUUCUUCUGCACGCCACAUCUCAACUCACCGAAAUCGCCGACGAGGUGACCGUGAAACUCACCCCGGAGUUGUUCUCGAUGAUCGCCUCGCACCGGUCGUCUCGCUUCGACGUCGUGCUGAAGUUGCCGCGUAAUUUCUUCACCGCCUACUCCGUCCUGCUCACUCACACUUCAAGGAUUUCCAUCCACGCCUUCCACACUGCUCUCUUGGAUGCCUCAACUUCCCCCUCAAUGACCAUCCAUAUUCACGAUUCCAUUAAUCGCUUCAUCCUUAGAUUUGAGAAUUCAAGUCAUCAGCAAGAGAAGCGCCACGAAUUGAUAUUUUCACUUCUUCCGGACCAGGAUCAAGAUGAGGAUCACUUUGGCAAACUUGACUAUGGAAGAUUUUUUGGGAUUCAUUACCAAGAUUUCACUCAGAUUAUAGCCAGAUUCUCUAUCCACGAUGAUGAAACACUUUUGGUCACAUCUACCGAUUCAGAGGUCACAUUCUCUACGCCAGCUAGGUUGCUCACUCUUCACAAAGAGGGAGGAAAAUGUACGAUUCUUGGUCGCGGAGAAGAUGAAAUGACUCAAUUUCUAAUUACUAUCCAACCCAUGAUGUUUUUCCUUGGUGUGGCAGGUCAAUCGCAAAAGGUAUGGUUUUUCAAGACAGUUGAUUCUCGUGGUGCAAUGCGUGUCCCUUUUGACACGUAUGUUUAUGUGAUCUAUUUUAAUCUAAUAUGACAGCGUGAAAAUCUUGAUCU